GUUUCAGUGCGCCGUCGUGCGGCCUCAUGGCCGGCUACACCCAUCGCAGUAGAAGGGGAAGCGGCGACUCGAACUACAGUCAUCGAGAAGACGAUCUCGAAUUAGAGGCCGGGAACAGGGAAUCGCUUCGGCGCGAUGCUGAGCGACAAGCCGCGCUUCAGCUGGAACGAGCCAAGUAUAAGCCCGUGGCUUUUGCCGUCUGCACAAACGUUGAAUAUGACGGAUCGCUCGACGACGACUCACCUGUUCAUGGCUGUGCCGUUUCCUUCAAAGUCAAAGACUUUUUACACAUUAAAGAGAAAUACAACAAUGACUGGUGGAUAGGACGGUUAGUAAAAGAAGGUCAUGACCUUGGUUUUAUACCAUCACCAGUGAAGCUGGAAUCACUGCGACAGCAAACAGCAAAAGCUGGAAAAUUUAAGCAGUCAACUUCAACAUCGAAUCUCGGAGCGCUGGACAACAUGAUGCCUCGAAGUGAAUCAAGAGGGUCAACUCCGCCCACACCUGCUGAUGAUGACGAAUAUACUGCAAAGAAGAUGACCAAUAUCGUCACGACCCCGCCGACAAAAGAAAAAAAGAAAUUGAUAUUCAAAAAACAAGAAAAUCUCCCGCCCUAUGAUGUGGUUCCAUCGAUGCGUCCAGUUGUUCUAGUUGGUCCUAGUUUAAAGGGCUACGAAGUUACGGAUAUGAUGCAAAAAGCAGUUUUUGACUACCUGAAGCAUCGCUUUGAGGGAAGAAUUAUCAUCACAAGGGUCACUGCCGAUAUAUCAUUAGCAAAGCGAUCACUGCUCAAUAACCCGAACAAAAGAGCUCUAAUGGAACGGGCUAACUCACGAACUAGUAACAGUUUAGCUGAGAUCCAAACAGAAAUCGAGCGGAUCUUCGAAUUGGCUCGUUCUAUGCAGCUAGUCAUUCUAGAUUGUGAUACUAUCAACCAUCCUAGUCAAUUAGCAAAGACUAGUUUAGCACCGAUACAUGUAUAUAUCAAAAUCAGUUCUCCUAAGGUGCUGCAACGUCUUAUAAAAUCACGAAACAAAUCGCAGUCACGGAAUAUGAAUGUUCAAAUGGUGGCCGCUGAGAAAUUGGCCCAAUGCCCACCGGAAUUGUUCGAUGUAUUAUUGGACGAAAAUCAGUUGGAAGAUGCAUGCGAACAUCUAGCCGACUUUCUCGAAGCCUAUUGGCGAGCAACACAUCCACCAGUACGAAGUCCCCCAAGAAUAAAACGAAAUCCAAUGGAGAAUCGUGGACCGACACAAAUAUUCACAGCUGCGCAAAUGAUGCAGGGUACGGGAAUGGCCGGGGCUGGACCGAUGAUGGGCGGAGGUGGAUCGAUGGGAUUGCAAAAGCAGCCGUCUACGGGACAACUUGCGCCACCGAUGGGGGCACCAAUGGGGGCGCCGGUCCCGCAGACUACACCCUAUCUCACUCCACCCAUGCAGCAGAUGCCUGGUCGGCAACAGCCUGUUCCGCCUUUGAAUAUGCAGGGCGGUGUCGGCAUGUACCAACCACCUCCACCUGGUGGCAAUUCACCAAUGAUGCAGCCAAUGAAUAUGUCACAACGAGAUCGGCACGGGUUUGACGAUUACGACGAUGUUGAUAUGAGCCACGGUUACGAUCGAGGCACCUAUCGUUAUUAG